GCUGUAACCGAUCCAGUGCCAUCGACAGAUGGUUCCUCAUAUGUGUACGCGGUUUUCUCGACACCGGACAGCAGUGUCCGAAUGUCGGCUGUUUGCGCAUUUCGCAUGGAAACGAUCAAGCGGGUCUUUGAUUAUGGACAUUUCAAAAUUCAGAAAACCUCUCAAAGUCUAUGGACGCCGUACAGGCCGCACGACAGUAUGCCUGUUCCGAGACCUAGUUCGGUAAGUUACCGGACAUUUUUGAAAUUUUGGUAA